AUGCCAUUCUCCCAUCCCUACCACAACCUCCCCGAAUCCAUCCGCAUCCGGAGUCAUGCCUCGCUACCCGCUGAUCUAGAAGUCGAUCCCGCGCUGCACGCCAUGGGCCACCGCCUCAGCUACCGAUCGACCGAGGCGCCGGAGCUCGCACGCGACCCCGAAGUCCCCUUCCAGCCCGCCAUGGAGCGGCUCCAUGGGACCUUGACCGAAGCCGUGGAGUUCUUCGGGGAGAUCAUGGCCGAUUUCAAGCGGGAGACGGACUCCAUCAUGUCAUAUACCCGGCCCGAGGUGCUGGAUGAGGUCUGGCGGUGCAAGGUCCGAAACAACGUGCAGGUGGCAGUGGUUCCGUUUACUACGAAGAAGAAGAAGAAGAAGAAAAAGAAGAGGAAGAAGACGACGAAGAAGAAGGUCAACAACGAGAGGAAGGGCGCGUGGUCGCUCGGCCAGCGCCUCAUGCCCAGGUGGCAUGAAAAGCGCAGGGCCAAAGCCCGGGGAAAGGAGAAGUCGCGGGCUCCGAAGCGGCAUCACUUGGAUCGGAUCGUGCGCAUCGGGUAUAAGGACUGGGUCAACCGGGUGCAACAUGACUUGUCGUUGGUGGAAACUGCGCGCUGGCCGACGCAGCAGAUGACGGACGAUGACAGGAGCAGCGAUGAUGACACACCGGUCAUUGAAACAACUGUGGACGGACUGUCUCAGCUGCAGAGGAUCUUCAUCGGGGUAUGUCCCGACAUGAGAAGGGAGUGUCGGGACAUCGACCGGGUUGAAUCGUGUGAGAAGUUCAUCACAGACGCGGAGCGGUUCCUGCUCGCCAUGGCCCAGAAUGAGAGUUGGUGGCGUCCGUUGAGAGAUGAGAGGUCAGGGUUCAGGAGGUGGUGGUUCUUCUAG